ACGUAGUGAUGCCUGGAGAUUUUAAAUAGCCUGCGUUUAGCACAUGGCUGCAGAGUUUUCAACCCGAGAGAAGAAGUUCAGAAGACAAAGAGAAGAGAAAGUCUGAGAGAAGACCUGCCCCGUGUUGACGUGAAGUCAUCAACAACUGCGGGGUCGCUCGCAAACAAGCACGCGCUUUGUGAGGUUCCUGAUUCUUUGUGCAACUUUGUAACUUUUUGCGCGCUGACUGCAAGUCUGUAACUUUUGCGCGUUCAGUUGUUUCAGUGUAACAACUACCUCGGUGGAUCAUUUGUCCAACUCUGUGUGGGCUACACUGCUGUACCGACUAAAAACAAAAUAGCCUAGUCUGCACGAUGUCGUCGACCACACAGAGCAAAAGCUGUCCCAUUCCUACCCGAAUUAUGCAACUGAAGGACUGGUCGCAGCUGCCAGACUGUUACAGCCAGACGCCUGGAGGAACGCUCUUUUCUACCACCCCUGGAGGAACACGCAUCAUCUACGACAGGAAGUUCCUGUUGGACUGCAGGAACUCCCCCAUCGCCCGCACUCCGCCAUGCUGCCUGCCCCAGAUCCCGGGCGUGACGGUGCCUGCCCUGCACCCUCUCACCAAACUGCAGGAGGUGGAAGAAGAGGAGAAGGAACUGGCAGAUGACGACCAGUUCGAGAUGGAUAUGUGAGCUGUGCUUUGGGCCUCCUAUGGUGGGCAUCUUAUAUCUGUGUGCUGCCUCUUUGGGAUCCAUGUGGAUCUGUUGGGCGAUUUACCUUUUUUAUUAUCACUUUCUUUUUGUGUAAACCAAAAAGGGUUGUGUUAACCCCUGUGUGUGUGACUGCAUCUCUUGUUAUUGUCAAUUCUAGUGGGUAGUUGAGGUGGGGGUCCAGGGGUGGGUGGGUUUACAAGAAGCAUCAGGACGGCAGUGCUACAGCUAAUUCAUAGAUUAAGAACACGACAUGCCACAUUCAGCCUCUUGGUAUGCGUUAAUACAGGGCACCGCCAUCUUGGUUAGGCUGGUGAUGUUCAUUCAAGCAGCAUUACUGCUGUACAAAGAUGGUUGCCAUUAGGAUUGACCAGUUUGUUCCAAUAGAUAAAGGUUGUGGCAAGGCCUAGUGUUCUGUUUCUAUGCAGCUGAUCUAACAUGCUGCAGUAGUGACUAAUUGUUUGGGCUGGGUAGGGUGGAUGUGGCGGGCAGGGUGGGCUUUUUUUUCUUUUCUUUUCUUUUUUUAAUGUACAUACGGUACUUUGUAUAUUUUUUCAUUUUUUUUUCAAAGGAACAAUGUUAAGGAAUACAAUGUAGAGUUGAGGGUUUUUUGGAGGGGGCGUGGGUGAGAGUGACAUUAAAGGCUGAAUCAGGGAUUUGUGUGCCUUGAACACAUUGCUCUUUGUAUCUAUGCAAUGUUGUCGAUCUCCAAGGGGUGGGGGAGGGGGGUAAUGUGGUGCAUGGUAUAUGGUGGACGCUCCAGGGGAGUAACACUGCGACUUUUGGAUCGUGUUGAUCUAGGAAAAGACUUACAAAAAAUACUUUCAAUAAAAUAAUGAACUGUA